CUAAAAAACAACAGAAUGCAGGAAUUUCCAAUCAGGAGUUUUUUGCAAGUUGGACAACACAUCUGGAGUAAGAUGGGAGCCGAUCACCCGUUUGCCAGACACUGCACAUACAGAUAUAGGAUAGGAGGCAUAAGAUAUCCUGCACGGCUUUCUUAUCAAAAGAGAGGUUGUUCCGAAACUCAGCACUUCACCUUUUCGUUUUAUCGAACUCAUUUCGGUGGCAGUUAUCAAAUUUCGCAAUUAUCUUGCAACAUGUUGGCAUCCAGUAUCAGAGUACUUCGUCAGCAGCCACUGGCGUACACCAUCGCCAAAGCUGCUGCCUCGUCGAAGAGUGGUUCUGAAUGUAAAAGCGGAUGGAAAGCUGUCGUGCUGGGGGCGUCCGGAGGCAUCGGACAGCCACUGUCUCUUUUGAUGAAAGAAUCCCGUCUUAUCCAGCAGCUGGCCUUGUACGAUAUUGCCCAUACACCGGGCGUGGCGGCCGAUCUGAGCCACAUCAACACAGGGAGCCGCGUGACGGGCCAUUUGGGUCCUGAUCAGCUGCAGGAGGCCCUGACGGGCGCCCAUGUCGUCAUCAUCCCCGCUGGCGUGCCACGCAAGCCCGGAAUGACGCGGGAUGAUCUCUUCAAUACCAACGCGUCCAUCGUGCGAGAUCUGGCCGAUGCCUGUGGCAAAUACUGUCCGGAGGCGCUGAUUGGAAUCAUCAGUAAUCCCGUGAAUUCCACGGUGCCCAUCGCCUCGGAAGUGCUGAAGAAACGCGGUUGCUACGAUGAGCACCGUGUUUUCGGUGUGACCACACUGGAUAUCGUGCGCGCCAACACGUUCGUCGCGGAGAAGAAGGGAUUGGAUCCGCAGCAGGUCAAUGUGCCCGUCAUCGGUGGACACGCUGGCAUCACCAUUAUCCCGGUGAUUUCGCAGGCGUCACCGCCGGUGCAGUUCCCGGCCGAGGAGCUGGACAAGCUGACCAAGCGUAUCCAGGAUGCGGGGACGGAAGUGGUGAACGCCAAAGCCGGCGCUGGAUCGGCCACGCUGUCCAUGGCGUACGCGGGAGCACGCUUCGCCUUCUCGCUGCUGCGCGGAUUGAUGGGCGAGAAGAAUGUCACUGAGUGCGCCUUUAUUAAGUCGGAUGUGACGGAUGCUAAGUAUUUUGCGACGCCGUUGAUACUGGGUAAGAAAGGUUGGGAGAAGAACUUUGGAUUGGGCAAGUUGAGUGAUUACGAGAAGCAGCUGGUGGAGAAAGCGCUGCCCGAAUUAAAGGCCAGCAUUAAAAAGGGCGAGGACUUUGUGUCGCAGACAUACAAGGGCAAAUAGGGUGGUUUUGACGUACAGAGCAAAUUUCUAUAGUGAAAUCCUAAUUUAUGGUUUAGUUUUCUCCUUUAUUUUAUUUUGCCGCUUCAUGUUUUGAGACUUCUUAUAAUGUGCGGUUGGUGUUCGCCUUAUCAUUAGUUACCGUCAUACCGAAGCUGCUAAUUUACUCUAACAUUAAUUUUUUUGGAAAUCUGUUUUAAGGCAGUUGUUCUGGUACUUGUGCAAUGUGUAGUCCAGUUGACUAAAAUUUGCAGUCCAUUUAUUUCUCUGUUAAGAAAACUUACAAAUAAUAAUUAUUUACAGCAACUG